GUUUUUGCUAAACUUUAAAGAAAGAGUGUCCAGACAUACAAUAAACGGCACGGUCUUGCAUACAGGUUCUUUCAGACCUCCUCCCUGUGCGUCUUCAGGACAAACGCUUGACCUCUGUAACUGAUUUCACACACUGACGCUGGUGGGAGGAUUCAACACAAAGCGUGGACUCCGCGGGACCCUACGAGAGCACUUUACACCGCUCAGACUCAGGAAGGACACCGUCGCUCCUACCAUGAUUUUGGUUAAAUUCGUGUGCGCUAUCAUAACCAGGUCGUUAUUUAUUCUGGUCUCUCUCAUCGGCGUCUGGAGAGUGAAAACGGUGAAAAAUGACAACAUGUACUGGCUGCUGACCGUCCUUUACCUUCCUCUGGUCGUGGAGAUGAUAAUCACCUUAAAACGAAGGAAAGGGAAAGACUACAAAUGGUUUUCUCCAGCCAUCCUCUUUUUCCUCAUCAGCAUUAUUCCAUCGAUAUGGCUUCUCGAGUUACAUCAUCAGGAGAACAGUGACCCAUUUUCUAAACCUUGUAGGAAACUGGACUCUUGGGACAAUCUCAAGAGCAUAUUGCCUACAAAUGGCACAUUGGGUGAGGAAACACUAAAGCACUUGGAGAACAUGCUCACUUCCGUGUGUGCGAAUGACUGGAUCCUUGGUCUUCAUCAGGUUCUGCUCAUUCUUCUCAUCCUUGGAAAGUGGCUCCUCCCGUUAGGAGGCGGAGUGACGCGUGACGAGCUGUCUCAGCUUUUGCUCAUCUUUGUUGGCACGGCGGCAGACAUUCUGGAAUUCACCAGUGAAACACUUUCUGAUGUCAAGGAGAAAAACAAUCAGCUGGUGUAUGUAAUUUUGGCAGUGUGGACGUGGAGUAUGUUGCAGUUUCCUUUUCACCUGGCAGUUGUGACGUCCCGGCAACAGAGUUCUGAUGAGCCGAAGGGUGGAAACGGCUGUUGUAAUUUGGUCUUGUUAAGACACAGUACAGAUAUUUGGAACAUCGUGGAGAGUUUGUUUAUCCAGGACGGCCCUUUUCUCGUGGUACGUCUCAUUGUGAUGAUAUACUUUGAUGUGUUCCACCAAAUGUUGGUCUUCUUCGCUAUUAAGAACUUUCUAGUGGUCGUCCUCAACCUCUACAGGCUCAUUGUUAUCUGUCAAGAUGUUAAACCACCAUCGCCAUCACCGACAUCUACCUCUCUUCCAAUAUGAAGGAAACAAAGAAAAUAAGAGUACAACUAAAUUUUAGCUUCUUGAGUACUAAUACAUCCCAUUAACUGCGCCAGAUUGUUCUGGAGACCCCCAGAGGGAUGGAAGAGAGUGCUAGGCAGUGUUAUUUAGGUGUCAUUGAGAUACUAUUAGAAUAUUUAUUAAUCUUUUAAGUGAGAAAAAAAACAGAAACUAUGAUUUUAGUUAAACGUUUAGUAAUUCUAUCUAUCUAUCUAUCUAUCUAUCUAUCUAUCUAUCUAUCUAUCUAUCUAUCUAUCUAUCUAUCUAUCUAUCUAUCUAUCUAUCUAUAGUUGGUUAAAAAAUAAAUAAAUUGAUAAAAAAAUUAUUUUAAUAAUGGAUGAUCUAUGUUUGGGGGUCAGUUUCAUAUAAAAAAAAUUGCACUGCUUAAAAACACAUUAAUGGGUGAAAAAUGUUUUAAAAAUGUGUUUUGAAUGCGUUAUGUAAAGCCAAACUAGGACCAGUAGUAGUGGCAGUUAUAUUAUGGCAUUCGUUAUUUGGUUUCUAAUUUUAAAAUAUUACUUGAGUUUUUUUAAAAUGCUUGUACGUCAGACAGUGUUGUGAAGCAGUGAAGUAAAAUAACUUUUUUGUAUUAUGAAAUGCGUAGGCAGACACAUAUCUAUUGAAUACAUGUGUUAAAAAAGGGGUCUGCUCGUGACUGAUUACUCUCGCAGUGCGCAUUCAGAUAUGACUCUAUAUCAGACUCUUUUUGUCACUCUGACAUGGAAACCAGCUGAUAAUUAGCUGAUAGAAUCUGUAGUUGAGCUACACAAGUUCCCAGGUCAGCUUUUUCCGGUAUGCGCCUCAUAUUAAAACUCUUUUUCCACUUGUGAACCUACUGAAAUAAUUAUAAAUUAAAUAUUUCCUAUAUGAUGAUCCAUUUUGGUUAUCUGUCCUUUGGGGUUUCAUUCCCAUUUUUCAUAUAGCAUAUACAAAUCCCUAAAUCAGGAAAACACGCAUUACUUCAUUUUUCAUUUUAUGAGAGACAAUUUUCUAUUUUUACCGAGUAGAGGAAACAGGAAAUGCCAGACAAAGAUAAAACAGGAUACCAAAGAAAGUUGGACAGUUUGGCUACGUGACUAUAUGUUCAUGGAGACCUUUGAUUUAUAGUAGAUCAACACCGUUUUUUUGGGCCAAUAUUAACCAAUGGAUGAAGUUUAACUUAACAACCUCCCGAGUAAAUAUCACAAAUGCAUUGAUUAAUGUUAUUAAAUAGACAUUUUGGCAGAACAAAGAACUGUAUAGAUUUGGAACUACUCGAGGGUGAGUAAAUGAUGACAGAAUUUUUGGUGAAUUAUUCCUUUAACAAGACUAGCUGUUUCAGUAAUGUAUAUGGGCAAAAAAAUUGUAGUGCAUAAAGGUUUUCUUUGUGCUGCAAACCAAAACGGCAGUUUACAGUACUGCGUGGCCUGCUGUGUGCUCUGUGAAUAUUCAUGAGACUUUUCUCUAUAGCACCCAUUGUGAAGUCAUUACAUUUUAGAGCUCUUUCAAAACUCAAGACUAGUUCAAUUUGCCUAAAUAUACAAAUAAUACAGAAAUAAAUCAUUUUCAUAAAGUAGAACUGGUAUUAAGGUAUGACAAUAGGUUAUGCUACACUCAGUACAGUACUAAAGAAUAAUCUGGUCAGUUAAGAUAGUGAAUCAUUCUUCUUAUUCUCAUUUUUUGUGUAUUAUGUUAUUCAAAAAGGGCAUAGGUUACGUACACACAGUCAUUUAGAGCUUGCUGUGCAGUCGCAUUUGGAGAGAUAUCUUUGGAGAGAGUAUAAAGCGAGCUUACACACACUCAAUCACUCGUUCACUGUUUAUACAAAGAAACUAUCUAUUUCAGAAAAAACAUCAUUGAUAUUACAAGAAACAUGAUGUGAUUUGCAAAGAAAUAGUAUUUAACUGUUCACAUGGAAGUAGACAUGGAAAUCACGAAGCAAUAGUACCAAAUGCCUUGGAUGACAUUUUCUUUAUAUUUUUCUGGCAGACACUAUGGGAAACUUACUGGAAAACACGAAAAAACAAGAGAAUAGUAUGCUUUCAUGCUGAACAAAGAAUGAAUGGGUUGAGUGUCUGUUGUCCAAGGCUUUUUCCACUACAGAAUGCUAGUUCAUUACUAAUGAUCAAACAGUGUUGGGCAUCAAACACCGAGAACAUUAUAUUAAAUCAAGAUGUUCAUAAAGACCACAUUUGUAGAUUUAAUCCCUUGAAGAUGCGUUAUGGAUUAUGGACUAGAAUUUUGACAAGAAAUUACAGUUUAGGAGUUGAAAUA